UCUGACACACCUAAAGUUACCACAGUGUGCGCGCUUACCCCAAUUCAUAUCACGCAGUACGUUUACAUGCACGUAGCCACAACCAUACCGAGUUUUUCAACGUGUUGCGACGACACCGUGACUCGCCUGCUACACCAUCUCAUCCACAGCUUUCAUCUUCAAGACGAAGAACUGAAAUUACGACAGUAUGGGCAUCUCUGGACGUAAUGCGGUGCUGCUGUUCACGGGAGGGCUGGACAUAGCAUUUGGUGUUAUCUUCAUUCUAUAUGGAGUAGAUUCGGUUAUCCUCUUUGCUCAUGGUGCCGUCGGUGUGACCAUGUGGGCCGGUAUUGGGAUUGUCAUGGUUGGCAUUGGAAACAUCCUCGCCGUUCUGACCGCCAGCAAAAAACGCAACCGUGAAUAUCUCAAUAUCAACUUUGGAUCCUUGCUGCUGAAUCUGACUGGCAUGAUCCUGGCCGCCUGUGUGAUUGGUUUCUACACCUGGGGGGCGUGGUCUGUCCUGACGAUUGGCCUCAGCAACACCAACACAGUGAAUGACAGGCUGAUCUCCAUAUACUCAAGCGUCAUCCUGAUGGCGGCCAUACUCUUCAUCGUCAGCCUGAUGGCCAUGUUCAUGGACUGCUGCAGCUACGCUCUCUUCGGGAGCGGUGGAGACUACUAUGGGCCACCACCACGCCCACGCUACUACGAUGGCCAAUAUGGGCCACCCCCAGCACAUAUCUACAAGCCAUAAAUGGCUACAGCACCAAGAAACACCCGUCAUCUGAACAGAGAACAACUGGAGAGUGGUCCAUAUAAAGCGUGGUGUUUCGUUUUGACCUCCAAGUCAACAAUGAAAAAGGGCAUAAAGAUGCCUCAUUAAAGCCCUUUUGUGAUUAAAAUCGGACACAAUAUGAGGGCGCUAUUAGGAAUGGCUAAAUUUGAGUCAGUACGAGUUUAACCACUUAAAUGGCGCCCUCUUAUUGUGUCCACCAUAUCUCUAGAAGGCUAUAAUUUUAUCAUGAGAUCCAUUUCCUGCAAACUCUUUUUUUUUAUCUUUUAAUACAAAAUGAUAUUUUCCCCCACUGCACUUGUUUUUCUAAUUUGUUUUAAAUCUUGCUUCGAAGGUUUGAUGAAAAGUUGGCAUCAUUUCAAAAAUAUGACGAUCACUGGUCAGUCUAAAUAAACUUUGCACAUUUUACUUACUUUUUAUUAUUAUUUUUUGUUAUUAUUUAAUCUUGAAAACUACAAAAUGUUACUGUUUUAAAUCAAAUCAGAGGUAUGGCUCCCUAUAUAAUUAUGUAUGAUUCUGACGUCUUUAUGACUUAGUCACCAAUCUAUUACAAUUUUGGGGAAAUCUUUAAGCCUAUCACACGUUUGAUACAAAUAUACCACAUGUGUCUUUCAAAGAUAUAAUACUGUUUGAAAUAGGUAUUGGGGAGUUGUCAGAACAUUUUAAGCUAUUUUAUAUACAUGUGUUUUAUAACUCCGAGGUAGAUUAAUUAGUUAUGGUUAGAUUUUUGGCAUCGUUAAAUGUUUACAUAGGUUUGAAAUCCACUUAAACAGACUGAAUGUAAAACAAAAGUAUACGUGGUUGUGGUUGUCAAUAUUAUUGUAUUUUUUAAUUUUUGAGAGCAGGGAUCAAUGUAAUAUUCUACAGUGAAAUUUAAUACAUCUUAUGUAAAAUUCCAAUAAGGUUUAAUAACUCGCUUUCCAUGUAUGUGUUCUGUAUACACAAAUCCAAAGUGUGUUUGAACGGCUGAUAUUUACAAAGAAAUGGCAGUCAUCGAAGUUGACACAACGGCACCGGCGCACGGUCAUUAGCGAGGUGUCCCACGAAUGUACAUUAGUCGAUUUUUUUUUUGAUUUGUGUAUACACCUUACAUUUUGUGUGAACCUAUUAAAACACAUUAUAAUCGGGUAACUGGUUGACUUAUAUGUUAAGGAUUAGAAGAAACACAGGAAUAACACUACAUGUAAUUACAUUUACUUCAAUGCUAAGAACACGGGUCAUCUACCGCCCAACGGUAAAUUUUGAACAGACGUCUGGGUGCAUGACCCUCUUGGACUAUACCGUCAUGGAUUUGUAUAUCUUGUCUGCUCCAUAGUAGUCUGCUCCCUUUGUCCCGUGAUAAACGAUGUAUCUUAAUCGAAUUAUGUAUAUACUAGUUUAAAGAUCAAUAUUUAAGGUAUAAAUACAAAGGUUUGAAUGUACGUAAUAGUAAGGUGAAAGGUAUCUUUUCCCUACAGUCUUAAAACACUUGAUAGAUUUGACUAGAACACAGUCCAACUGGUACCCGGCUGACUACAGCAAGGGUCAGCAGCCCCUGCUGGGUGCUAGUUUCCAACUGGUACCCGGCGGACUACUGCAAGGGUCGGCAGCCCCUGCUGGGUGCUAGUUUCCAACUGGUACCCGGCUGACUACAGCAAGGGUUAGCAGCCCUGCUGGGUGCCAGUUUGACUACUUUUUAGUCAACUUUAACUCAAGUGUCUUCUGAAUGUACAUCCCAUUCAAUCUUCAACUACAUUUUUGAGAGUUUAUACAAUCGGCAUGAACGUAUAGGCCUAGCAAGAAAACAAUAAUUUUUCACAAAACAUGUCAAAAAUAAUUAUCUUAGCUUGUGAGUAUUUCCGUUUACCUCAAUUAUGCUUUACUUAAUAUCUACGAUUGGCAAAAAAAAAUCAAAUUGUACACAAAACAUAAGUCAGUAUAUGGAUUGUAUUUUUCUUUUAGGUUAUACGACAAGACAUUUCACAAUUUUGGAGAUGCAUAACUUUUUAUAUAAAUAUAUUCUUGUAGUAAAACAAUAAAAAGGGGGAGUUGACUUUCAGAAGUAAAAAA